GUGCAGCGCUCUUCACUUGGAGGAGGAAAAAAAAAGUUUGACAUAAAUUUCUGAAAUUACCAAGCAAGUCAUUCAAUUUCUCCCCCCCUACCAACAAUCGUCUAAAGAGAAAGUACUGCAUACUGUCCAAGAAAAUUGACUUGCGACAAUGGACGGGAUAUCCCAGAACAUUCAGACUUCAGGAUUUACUCUGGAUUUGGGUCCCUUGAAAGAGCCCUUGGCAUUUAUUAGAGUGCUCGAAUGGAUCUUCUCCAUAUUUGCCUUCGCUACGGCGUCAGGUUAUGCCGGCGCUACGAGCAUCAAUGUGCAGUGCCAGGGUAGCAGCACCAGCCAAGAAAUCACUGCUGUCUUUAACUACCCGUUCAGGCUGAUGACCCAUCCAUACAUCGUCCCCUCCUGUAACAACGACUCCAGCACUAUCCAGCUCUAUCUGACCGGCGACCACUCCUCCUCAGCCGAGUUCUACGUCUGUAUCGGAGUGUUUGCCUUCCUCUACAGCACCGCCAGCCUGGUGAUCUACCUGGGCUACCAGCACGUCUACAGGCAGACCAGCCGUGGCACCAUUGUGGACCUGCUGUUGACAGCAGCCUUCACCUUCCUGUGGCUGGUGUCCUCCUCUGCCUGGGGUAAAGGCCUGACUGACGUGAAGUGGGCUACCAGCCCCUCUAACCUGGUAGGCUUAAUCUCCACCUGCAAGGACGUCGGUAACAAGUGCACACCAGGAGCAGUGCCUCACAUGGGGCGACUCAACUCCUCUGUGGUCUUUGGAUUCCUCAACCUGAUAUUGUGGGGUGGUAACUGCUGGUUCAUCUUUAAGGAGACGCCCUUCCACAAGUCAGUCAACCCCCUUGGUGACGCCGAGGAGGGUUUAGGUGUCAGGCCCAUGACUUCCUAACUGAGCAGCAGUUCCCUGCUGUCAACGGCUACGUUCCAGACUGCAUGCAAAGCAGUUGCACUGCACAAAUUAACCAAUCUUGGGGGCGAAUCUUAACUUUGACACAUAUUUGCACUUUGUCUACCAUUGGUAUCGAUGCCAUGUGCCUUUGUGGAAUUGAAGAUUUGCCCCUAAUGUGAUUUCUGACUUGUUAAACACUUGUGUGUUUUGAGGUGUGUUUUGAGGUGUGUUUUGAGAUUUCGUGUGUGUGCUUUUUGCGGCCGAUCUGUACCCGGGCCUGAAAUUCUCUCCAACCAAGUAGUUCCUACAUUAUACCGUUUUCAAAUGCCUUGUAAAGUCGCAUGUCUUAUUCGGUGUAAAACGCUGCUUAGAAAUGUCUUCUAGUAGGUUAUUAAGUUGGAAACAGUUUAUUUUCAUUCAUUGACUGCGCCACGUUUAUUAUUACAAAGUGUUGAAAGUGGUCCAUUUUUAAGUUAUCUAAAUAGGUACAAAUACGGAAUGGGGAAGCCAUACAUUUAGGUCAGAACUAGUUUUGUUUCAUGCAGGUAAUUGUUUAGUUUAACAGUAUAUCCAACGAUCAAAUGCAUUCCUCCGUUUAUUCAAAGAGUCUAGACGUGUGAAUUUCUUUUGAUGAUCAGAAACUUUUUUUUUUUUCAUUUUGUUUUUUUCAUUUUAUGCUGUUACUUUGACGAUGGUUUAGUGUUUUUGUGUGUAUAUAUGAGAAAGCAGUCUUGUUGUAACAUUGAUAUAAGCACCACUUAUGUAUGUGUGUGUGUAUACAUGUAUGUACGUAUAUAUGUGUAUAUAUAUAAAGCGGUGCUUAUAUCAAUGUUACAACAAGACUGCUUUCUCUCACAGCUUGUUAUUUGGCAAAUUAAAAUAAAUAUUCACUCUGUUUUUGAAAUGGUUUGACAUUUCAAGUGAUGCCAAAAGCCAGGGAUCAUCAACUAAUGUAGAUUCAGCUGCAGGCCGAUUUCUUUGUGGAAGAGGAGGAGGAGGGGGGGGGGCAGGAGACUAUUAAUUACAAAUCAUUUAUAGACUGCAAGAAAUCCAAUCAGAUAGUAUUUGACUGAAACAUUACAAACCUUGCUUACAUUUGAAUUUCGAUCACAUAUCUCUCUGAUGCGUGGGACUACUUUGAAAAGAUGUUCAAUUAAAAGCACUUGGUGCUGAUUUGCUCUUUUUUUUUUUUUCUUAUGUCCAACAAUUUAGAACAAUUGCUCAGUAAGCUUUGCAGGCCAAAUAACAUCAAUCUGGCCCGCAGGUCACCAGUUGGGGAACCCUGCCAUAAGCAAUCCUACAGUACUUCCUGCCAUAAGCAAUCCUACAGUACUUCCUGCCAUCAGCAAUCC